UACCCCCUUCCCACUUCCUAUAACGACCUUUCUUCGUAGCUUCCUAUUUUCCCCUUUCCCCUUUUCUACCGCUCUUUAACCCAUAUACACUUUACUCUCUCUCUCUCUGUUGCCCUCGUUUUCCCCCUUUUUCUUGCCAAAAUCUUGAACUUGUUUUGACCAAAUCCAGUUUUCUUUGAUUAAUCCAAAACUUUUUGAUUCUUUAACCAACCCCCAGUUCAAUUUUUAAGUGGAAGCUCAACUAGUGUUUUAGAUCGGAGCUGGGUUAGUUCUUUUUGUAUGGUUUUGGAGCUGGGUUCAUGGCAGACAGUAGGCGUUAUGGUCUGAAUGCUCAAUUAGAUAUUGAGCAGAUACUUUUAGAAGCGCAGCAUCGAUGGCUACGCCCAGCUGAAAUUUGUGAAAUUCUUAAAAAUUACCAGAAGUUUCGAAUUGCUCCAGAGCCUCCAAACAGGCCUCCAAGUGGUUCAUUGUUCCUUUUUGAUCGGAAGGUUUUACGGUAUUUCCGCAAAGAUGGCCAUAGUUGGAGAAAGAAAAAAGAUGGAAAGACUGUGAAAGAGGCUCAUGAGAGGCUCAAGGCUGGAAGCAUUGAUGUGUUACACUGCUACUAUGCUCAUGGAGAAGAGAAUGAGAAUUUCCAAAGACGCAGCUAUUGGAUGCUCGAAGAGGAAAUGUCACAUAUUGUUCUUGUCCACUACCGGGAAGUAAAGGGUAACAGGACAAAUUUUAGCCGUAUUAGAGAACCUCAACAAGUUACUCCUGAUUUGCAAGAAACUGAUGAAGAUGUACACAGCUCUGAGGUGGACAGUUCCGCGUCUACAAAAUUUUAUCCAAAUGAUUACCAAGUGAACUCACAAGUCACUGACACAACUAGCCUCAGCAGUGCACAGGCCUCAGAAUAUGAGGAUGCCGAAUCAGUGUACAAUCAACAUCCAACUUCUGGAUUUCACUCAUUCCUUGAUGCUCAGCCAAGUGCUGGAGAUGGACUUGCUGUACCUUAUCAUCCGAUUCCCUUCUCAAAUGAUCAAGUACAGUUUGCAGGAAGUUCUGCUACAAGUUUCUCCUCAAUCCCACCAGGAAAUGGGAACAGAAACACAGCAAAUACCUAUAUACCCAGUAGGAACCUUGACUUCCCAUCAUGGGGGACCAUUUCAGGUAAUAAUCCCGCUGCAUAUCAGUCUCUCCAUUUUCAGCCUUCUGGUCAAUCAGGUGCAAAUAAUAUGAUGCAUGAACAAGGAAACACUACAAUGGGACAAAUAUUCUCAAAUAACUUCACGAGGCAGGAACAUGAGAACCACAUUGAUGGCCUGGGGAACUGGCAGACUUCUGAAGUUGAUUCCUCAUUUAUAUCGAAGUGGUCCAUGGAUCAGAAGUUGAAUCCAGAUUUGGCAUCUGGUCAAACCAUUGGGUCUAGUGGUGUAUAUGGUGUAGAACAUCACAAUUCCUUGGAGGCUUCUCAGGUACUUCCUGCGCAGCAAGAUAAACACCCAAUGCAGAAUGAGCUUCAAUCACAGCUAUCAGAUGCAAAUAUUGGAGGCUCUCUAAAUGCUGAUUUAGAUCACAAUCUAAGCUUAGGGGUGAAAACCGAUUAUUCAGCUUUAAAACAACCUUUGUUAGAUGGCGUCUUGAAAAGAGAAGGUUUGAAGAAGCUUGAUAGCUUUGACCGGUGGAUAAGCAAGGAACUUGGAGAUGUAAGUGAGUCGCAUAUGCAAUCCAAUUCUAGUUCCUACUGGGAUAAUGUUGGAGAUGAAGAUGGAGUCGAUAAUUCCACAAUUGCUUCCCAAGUGCAUUUAGACACCUAUGUGCUAAGUCCUUCACUCGCGCAGGAUCAAAUCUUUAGCAUUAUUGAUUUCUCACCAAACUGGGCAUUUUCUGGGUCAGAAAUUAAGGUCCUCAUCACUGGAAGGUUUUUGAAGUCCCAGCAAGAAGUGGAGAACUGUAGUUGGGCAUGCAUGUUUGGUGAGUUGGAAGUUCCAGCAGAAGUAAUAGCUGAUGGUGUUCUUCGCUGCCAUACUCCGGUUCAAAAGGCUGGAAGAGUUCCAUUCUACAUAACAUGCUCCAAUAGGUUGGCGUGUAGUGAGGUAAGAGAAUUCGAAUUUCGGGUCACUGAAGGCCAAGAUGUUGAUGUUGCAAAUCCAAAUAGUUGCAGCUCCAGUGAAAGUCUUCUUCAUAUGAGAUUCGGAAAAUUAUUAUCUCUGGAAUCCUUUGUUUCCCAAACUUCUCCACCUAUCAGUGAGGAUGAUGUUUCCCAUAUAUCCAGUAAAAUUAACUCAUUGCUAAGAGACGAUGACAGUGAAUGGGAGGAAAUGUUGCACCUUACUAAUGAGAACAACUUUAUGGCAGAGAAAGUAAAAGACCAGCUCCUACAAAAGCUUCUAAAAGAGAAGUUGCGUGUUUGGCUCCUUCAAAAGGUUGCUGAGGGUGGGAAAGGCCCUAACAUACUGGAUGAAGGUGGUCAAGGAGUUCUACAUUUUGCAGCUGCUCUUGGUUAUGACUGGGCUGUACCACCUACUAUAGCUGCAGGCGUAAGCGUCAAUUUCCGAGAUGUGAAUGGAUGGACUGCACUCCAUUGGGCAGCAUCAUAUGGAAGAGAGCGGACAGUGGGUUUCCUCAUCUCCUUAGGUGCAGCUGCUGGAGCAUUGACAGAUCCUACUCCUAAACAUCCUUCAGGCAGAACACCUGCUGAUCUAGCUUCCAGCAAUGGACAUAAAGGAAUUGCUGGUUACUUAGCAGAGUCUUCCUUGAGCUCCCACCUUUCUUCUCUUGAGUUGAAGGAAAAGAAGCAGGGUGAGAAUGAACAAGCUUUUGGGGAAGCUGUUCAAACGGUUUCUGAAAGGACUGCUACACCAGCUUGGGAUGGUGACUGGUCACAUGGAGUCUCAUUGAAGGAUUCUCUUGCAGCUGUUCGUAAUGCUACUCAAGCAGCUGCUCGUAUUCAUCAGGUCUUCAGGGUGCAGUCAUUCCAGAGGAAGCAGCUAAAAGAAUACGGUGGCAGUGAAUUUGGACUAUCAGAUGAGCGUGCUCUCUCACUUCUCGCCAUGAAGACGAAUAGGUCUGGACAGCAUGAUGAACCUCAUGCUGCUGCUGUCCGUAUACAAAAUAAAUUUCGCAGUUGGAAGGGAAGAAGAGAUUUUCUUCUAAUCCGCCAACGAAUUAUUAAAAUUCAGGCUCAUGUGAGAGGACACCAGGUAAGGAACAAAUACAAAAACAUAAUAUGGUCUGUGGGGAUCUUAGAGAAGGUAAUUUUGCGAUGGAGGCGGAAAGGAAGUGGAUUGCGUGGAUUUAAACCAGAAGCACCUACUGAAGGAAGCAACAUGCAAGACCAACCAGUGCAGGAGGAUGACUAUGAUUUCUUAAAAGAAGGCAGAAAGCAAACUGAAGAAAGGUUGCAGAAGGCUCUGGAAAGGGUAAAGUCGAUGGUUCAAUACCCCGAGGCUAGGGACCAGUAUAGGAGGCUGCUGAAUGUUGUGUCCGACAUGCAAGAACCCAAUAGUACAAAUGAUGGUGCAGCCAGCUACAACUCAGCGGAAGCAGUUGAUUUCAAUGAUGAUUUGAUCGAUCUUGGUGAUCUAUUGGAUGACGAUACUUUUAUGCCUACAGCACCUUGAGUUCUGUGUUAAUAAUAUACCAUUUGUGGAUUAGUAUUUGUUAUACAUGGCUGUUAGGGUUGUUGUAUACAUAGGCUGCACUAACUAGUUUGUAAAUGUGAAAAUCAAAUCCAUUGUGCAGAUUGACAAGAAUUUGAGAUUUAAAGGUAGUAAGAUUGUGGUAUGUUUGAUGUUUUCUUUUCCUUUUA